AUGAAGAAAUCCAAAGACAAUGCCAUGAAUGCAUCUGUUAGUUAUGAGUCUGAUUUUGACAACUUCCGGGACUCAAAAAGUACGAAGGUUGUUUACAUGGCUUUCCCAAUCACCUUGAACAAUGUUGAUGAUGCUUCUAGUUCUAGUACCUUGAAGGAUGGAGAAACUUGUGAUGAUAGUUCACAAGGAAAGUCUGAUGAUACUAAAGUCUUUAAGUGGCCUAUAACCAAUUCUACAAGGAAUGUGGCCAACAAGAAUGAGACUUCCUUGAGAACUAAGAGAGAUUCUUUGAACAUUAGAGUGAUUGAGCUUGAUUGUGUGAUGGAUAAAUUGAAGGUUGAAAACUCCUACUUGUUAGAAAGAGUGGGUGUUCUAGAGAAACCUAAGGAAACCUCUAAAGUUGACCUCCUUGUUAAGUCUUCAACUUCUAAACUUAACAAAAUCCCUCAUUUUUUAAAUCCUUAUGGCGACAAGCGUGAGCUUGAUAAUAACCGCCCGCAGUUGCUAUCUGCACUUAUCCGCAAUCCACUAUCCGCAUAUGGGGAUGCGGAUGCGGAUGCGGAUGUGGAUGUGGUUCCGCUGCCGAAGAAAAAAACCGAUCAAGCUACUAAUUACUCGGCCAGAGUGUCGGUUGUUGCUUCUCUUGUAGCAGCGACAGCCAAGCCGACCACGAAAGCCGUCGGCUCCAGUUUGUCGCGUCUUUGGAGAGAGAUUCACGGCUCCAACGACUGGGAGGAUCUCGUUCAACCAUUGCACCCUCUUCUCCGGCGAGAGAUUGUCCGGUACGGGGAGUUCGUCAACGCAUGUUACAAGGCUUUCGACCUCGACCCCACCUCCAAACGCUACCUGAAUUGUAAGUACGGCAAGAAGAACAUGCUCCGGGAAGUCGGGAUGGAGAGCUCCGGCUACCAAGUCACCAAGUACAUCUACGCCACCCCGGACAUCAAUUUUCCGAUCCAAACCGUCGCCUCUUGCGGCCGUUGGAUCGGAUAUGUUGCGGUUUCAUCCGACGACUCCGUUAGAAAGCUUGGAAGAAGAGAUAUAGUCGUUACUUUCAGAGGAACAGUUACUAAUCCCGAAUGGAUAGCAAACCUAAUGAGCUCACUCACUCCGGCACGUCUCGACCCGCAUAACACCCGUCCGGACGUCAAAGUGGAGGCUGGAUUCCUCAGCCUUUACACUUCCGACGAGAGCGAGAGCAAAUUCGGGCUCGGAAGUUGCCGUGAGCAGCUUCUCUCCGAAAUAUCUCGACUCUUAACAAAAUACAAAGGCGAGGAGCUGAGCAUAACACUCGCCGGGCAUAGCAUGGGGAGCUCGCUAGCUCUUCUUCUUGCUUACGACAUCGCCGAGCUCGGACUGAACAAAGAGAGUUCAACUCCGAUCACCGUAUUCUCAUUCGGUGGCCCGAGAGUCGGAAAUUCUGGCUUCAAAAAACGGUGCGAGGAAUUGGGUGUAAAAGUGUUGAGAAUAGUGAACGUCAACGACCCCAUCACGAAGAUGCCGGGGGUUGUAUUCAAUGAGAAUUUUAGGGUUUUGGGGGGAAGAUAUGAGCUGCCAUGGAGCUGCUCCUGUUAUGCUCAUGUGGGCGUUGAAUUAGUGCUUGACUUCUUCAACGUGCAGAAUCUUUCGUGUGUUCAUGAUUUGGAGACGUACAUCAGCUUACUGAAAUGCCCGAAACGACUGCCUUUCCAAAGGGAUAACGUAGAUAUCCUGAUCAACAGAGCCAGAGAGAUGCUCGUGAGUGCACAACAGUUUAACAUGUUGCCGUGGAGAAGUACUGCUGCCAGCAAUAUGGAAAGAUUGGUUCACUCACAAAAGACAUAA